UGUUUUAAUAGUAUUGAUAUUAAAGUUUCAUACACCAUGUGGACCCAUUUAAAAUGUGUCUAAGGCAUAGAGAUAUGUGUCUUACGGACAGUGGAUAAGAGAGUGGUCCUUAACAGACCUUAAUUUAUGGGAUCUUCCCUAGUUCCUUUAAUCAUAUUUUAAAAUGUUCUUAUAUUAUGCUCAAGUUGUUUAUUGGAUUUAUACAUUUAAUUAUAUUUUAAUUUGUAUUUUUGUCAACUAUUCUUUAGUUUGUAAUAUACUACAGCUUGUUAGCAGCUGAAAAGCAGCCUUUGCUUAGAAAAACCCUUAAUUAGCGAUAUGUGAGGCAGAAAAUAAGAUAAUGUUGCUUGUGUUUCACUCCACAAAACUCCUAAGAUCAUUUUUCUGUUUUUACAUGUCAAGAAAAGUUACUGUUUUCUCUACGUGGAAUAUGUAAAAAGGUUUCAUGGUUUGUUACUUCCUCUUUUGGGGUAAGAAUUACUCUCCUGUUCAUACAAAAUCCAACUUCUCUAUUCUCUGGAUUCUUACGUACCCCUUUUUUUUUCUUGUCGUCUCUUUCAGAAUCUUAAGAGAGAGAGAGAACAAACUGAAAAAGGGGAAGCCUGUGCGUGAGAGAGAACGCACCAAAGCGUGCACGAGAAAAGUAAAAGGAGCCAAAGCAAAGCUUUGGUUUUUAUAAAAUCCCACCACUUGUCUUACCAUACCUUCAUCACAUCUCUCUCUCUCCCCCCCCGCCCUCUCAAUUUUGUGAGAUUAUUUCCUUUUUAGGCUUUCUCCCCUUUAAAGCUCUCUUAGGGUUAGGUGAAUCUCUGUCGUACGUCUCCCCUUGUAAGGAAGCUUUACUACGUUUUGAUGACAAAUAAUCUUUGAACUUUUUGAAGCAAGUCAUCAGUUUUUCAAGUUUAGGGUUUGUCGAAUUUUAAUCUCUUUGUAACCAAAAAAAAAAAAAAAAUCAAUGGAAGGUUGUCCAAGAAACAGAGAACUCUGUCCUAAACUCCUUGAUUUGAUUCCUCAAGCAAGACAAUGGUACCAUGAAGAAAACAACAACACAGAUCAAGAAAAGAAACUUGAGCUAAGGCUUGGACCACCCGGUGGUUAUGACGAAGAUCGUCCAGCAACGAAGAAGAACACAGAGACAAGAAACAACAACAUCAAGAAAGAAGCAGAAGACAAAUCUAUCUUCAGUCCCAGCAAAAACCAUUUCUCUCCAUCCAACAGAACUAAUCUUCCUCACAUCUCUCAUAAAAGAACUGCUCCUGGUCCAGUGGUGGGUUGGCCUCCGGUUCGUUCAUUCAGAAAAAAUCUAGCGACUACAAGCUCUUCAAAGCUGGUAAACGAAUCCUCCCACGUAGGUCAAAUCAACAAGAAUGGUGAUGGUGUGAAGCAAGUCGAACCUAAGAGGGAAGGCAUGUUUGUAAAGAUCAACAUGGACAGUGUUCCAAUUGGUAGAAAAAUCGAUCUCAAUGCUUACAAUAGCUACGAACAGCUCUCUUUUGGUGUAGACAAACUCUUCAGAGGUCUACUCGCAGCUCAAAGAGAUACCUCUGGUGGUGAAGGAGAAGAGAAACCCAUCAUUGGUUUACUGGAUGGUAAAGGAGAAUUUACUUUAACUUAUGAAGACAAUGAAGGGGACAAGAUGCUUGUUGGGGAUGUUCCUUGGCAAAUGUUCGUUUCAUCUGUCAAGAGGCUGCGUGUGAUUAAAAGCUCUGAGAUUUCAUCUGCUUUGAGAUUUGGAUGCAGUAAGCAGGAGAAGAUGAGGAACUAAAGAGUGGGUUAGCAACUUCUAUACGAGUCAGAAGGUCUCGCAGAUUUUAGUUUGUAAAUCUGGCGUUUGUUAUAUAAGAGACAAUCAUUGGAUGAGUCCACAAAGACAUUUCAUAUGAUCUGAUAUAUAUCUUCCAUGUCUCUAGCUAAGACACUCAACUAUGAGAAUGAGACUACAGAAGCGAUCGGUAUCUAAAAACAUUUUAUUCGCAAAAUGCUUUAAGGAAGAUACUUAGAACAUGAUAAUAAUCAUCUCAUGUCUAUAAAACUUUCAGAAAAAUAAAUGAAAAUUGUAUUCUAUGUAAA